AUGAAUUCACCCCUACAACCCCCGAGUCCUGUCCCUCAGCGCAUCAGCUCUGCCGGUGCGACCAUUACAAAUGGCAGUUUCUCCCGAUGUAAACUAUCGAUGACAGACGAGGAGCCGAAGAAGACUAGACACCGGCGAAAUAAGUCUAGCUUCGAUGGCACAAAAUACAAAGAUGGAACGUGGUCCGCGAAAAACGAGAAAAUUCUCGUAGGCCCAUAUGACUACAUGCACGAGCAUCCCGGCAAAGAUGUUCGUCGCCAGCUGAUCGACGCAUUCAACGCCUGGCUUCAGGUCCCCGAGAAGAGCUUAGUAAUCAUCACGAAGGUGGUGACCAUGCUGCAUACCGCGUCACUUCUCAUCGACGACGUCGAAGACAACUCCCUUCUCCGUCGCGGAAUCCCCGUUGCUCAUAAUAUCUUUGGUACGGCGCAAACAAUAAAUUCCGCAAACUAUGUCUACUUCCUUGCUCUCCAAGAGUUACAACAACUCAACAACCCGGCCGCGAUCGAUAUUUACAUCAAGGAGAUGCUUAAUCUUCACCGCGGACAAGGAAUGGACCUCUUCUGGCGUGACACCCUGACCUGCCCCACUGAAGACGAAUACCUCGAAAUGGUGGGCAACAAGACAGGUGGUCUCUUCCGACUUGCCGUUAAGCUCAUGCAGGCCGAGAGCAACACGGGCAAAGACUGCGUCACUUUGGUCAAUGUUAUGGGUCUGAUCUUCCAAAUCUGCGAUGAUUACCUAAAUCUCUCGAAUACCGCGUAUACACAGAAUAAAGGGCUUUGCGAGGAUCUAACCGAGGGCAAAUUCUCCUAUCUUAUUAUUCAUAGCAUUCGAUCCAACCCGUCCAAUCAUCAGCUGCUCAAUAUUCUCAAGCAGAAGACUAGGGACGAUGAGGUGAAACGCUAUGCUAUGCAAUAUAUGGAAAGCACGGGAAGCUUUGCGUACACGAAGGAGGUCGUGAAAGGGUUGAGAGCGCAAGCACUUCAGUUGAUUGAAAAGAUCGAUGCAACGCCGAGCAAUGGUGCCGGCGGCACGUUGGUGCGUGGCAUCGUGGAUAAGAUCGUGGAAACAACGCUUGGAGAUUCCACACGCGCUAAUUGA